UGAUCACUUUCGAAUAGUAGUGCAACAGUAUGAAAACAUUAGACACGUUAGUGCUGUUCGUGUGCGCGAUCAUCCUGCAAAUUCGCUUUAGCGCACAGCAAAAUCCACCGCACUGUGGCAUUCGUCAGCUAAACAGUUCCCAGCUUAUCCUUCUCGGCGGGGACACUGUUCACGGCGACUGGCCAUGGCAUGUGGCCGUCUACCAUCGAACGCGACGUUCAAACGAUUACGCCUGCGGAGGUACGAUCAUCAAUGAUCAGUUUGUUCUUACGGCGGCUCAUUGCGUCAUGAACAGUGACAGCGGCUAUCAGCUGGUGCCGAGUCGAAUCUUUGUUCGCAUGGGAAUCCACAAUCUGGACGAGUUCAAUCCGCGGGCUGUGCAGCAGCAUUCGGUGGGGAAGGUUCACAAAUUUGCGAACUUUACUCGGUUGUUCAAUGAUAUAGCGCUACUAGAGUUGAAUACGGUCAUUCAGUUCACCGAAUACGUUCAGCCGGCUUGCCUCAACCGGGAGGAGGACAUCACCGGUCAGCAGGGAACGGUCGUUGGUUGGGGUUUGACGGAGGACGAUGAAACUUCGCCAACCCUGCGGCAGGCACAGCUGCCGGUGGUCGAUACUGUCACCUGUCUGAAGAGCGAUCGCGUUCUUUUCGGUCACAGUCUGGACGAUGGGAUGUUCUGCGCUGGGCACAUGAACGGAACGGGCGUUUGCAAUGGUGAUAGCGGAGGAGGGCUGUUCAUUAAACGUAGCAAUGUAUGGUAUCUGGGAGGGAUAGUUUCGUUCGCGAAAAGUCGAUUGGAUGGUGAUAGUGGGUUCUGUCACCGGCAGAGCUACGGUGCCUUCACCAAGGUUCAGAAAUACCUGUCCUGGAUCGGUGAUAUAACGAAGAUGCAGUUCAAGUUUGGUGCGGUGGAUAGUUGUUAUCCGGCGGAGGAGGACGAUUCGACAAAAACGUACCGUUACUACUUUCCGCGGAAUUGCGGAGUUUAUAUUCCAACGGGUGAUCGGUACAGCAUCGAAGCAAAGGUGUUCGAGUUUCCCUGGAUGGCGAUUCUGCGACACGACACGAGAGGUUUCGUCUGCGCGGGAACACUGAUUAACAAGCGCUACGUACUGUCGGCGGUACACUGCUUUCGGGGUCAUGAAUACAUGCCUAAUCAAGUUAGACUCGGAGAGCAUACAAUCGGGCGGGAUUUGGACUGCAAUGCUGGCGAUGGCGAUAACAGUACUUUUGUGAGUGAAGAUUGUGCCCUUCCAGUGCGUGACUACGGCAUAAUUUGUAUCAUACGACAUCCUGCGUACGAGUUCAAGAAACGAAGUGCCAACAUUGCUUUAGUACGCGUAAGCGAGGACAUUAUUUUCCAAGAUCACAUUCAACCGAUAUGCCUUCCUCUGACGGCCAACCUGAGACAAUAUCAACCGGCAAAAUUCUUCACUUCCGGUUGGGGUUUCCACUCAAAAUCCACUGACGACAAGAGUUCUUCCGUGCUCCGUAAAGGAACAGUCACAGUCUCAGAUCGUUCACUGUGUCGGGAUUCACAGAGCGCACCAAUUGCCGACGAUCAGCUGUGUGUUGCUGGUGGGCCGGCAUUUGCUCGAAACUGUGCCAUUGAUUCGGGAGGGCCACUAGGCUACGGAGGAAAUUUGCAUGGAACACGUUUUAUUCUGUUCGGAAUUUAUACUCACACACUAGGAAUUUAUUGUAGCGAUUCUCCGAUGGUUUAUACCAAUGUUUCCACUCACAUGAACUGGAUACUGGCAAAUAUGGAGGUUUAAUCCUACCGAAAUAGAGAAAAAAGCUUUGAUGUAAAUAAAAUCGAGCACGUAACCAUGGAAACACACAUGUCUCUU